AGGAGCAGGAAGAGGAGGCUGCCCAGUGCUCCCGGAAGCGGGGGAAGGGCGGUCACAUGUCCGCCCUGGCAGCCCCCUCCUACCCAGCCGGCUGAAGAGGAAGUGCCGCGCGCUCCGGGGGGAGCUUAGCUGGCGGCGCUGUGCAGGCGGUGGCGGGUCCGGGAAGGCCGCUGGCGGAGGGUGAGCCGGUGCCGGCCGGCUGCUGCCCCGGCGGGCGGAGGAGGAUGAGCGGGAUGAGGCGCGCCUGGCUGUUGUGGGCCGCUCUCUGGGCCCUGCUGCUCCCGCGGGUAAAUGCACAGGAGGGAAUCCUGCACGCUUCUGGAAAUGGGAUACCCCCAUUAACAAAGGAUUACUGCAUAAGUUACAAUCCUUCAUGGGUAUCUCUUCCAAAUACCCUGGAUAACAUUGCUUCCAGUAGUUUGGAGAACUUGACCUCCAAAGUGUUCUGCAGUAAUUCUGAAGUUCCUUCUACUCUUGUAAUAAAGGACAAGGCAGUUGUAGUGAUGAGGGGAAACUGCACAUUUGUGGAUAAAGCGAGAACUGCUCAAAGUCAUGGUGCUAAAAUACUGCUGAUUGCCAGUAAAACUGGUCUAUCUUCUCUUUCAGGUAACAAGACUGAUGUACAAAAUGUAACCAUUCCAGUUGCUCUUGUAAGAUAUAAUGAUAUAAUGGAUAUGCAGCAGGCCCUUGGAGCUAGGAUUAAUGUGGCACUCUAUUCACCAUCUUUGCCAGAGUUUGACUACAGUAUGGUUGUCAUCUUUCUAAUUGCUGUGCUCACUGUGGCGCUGGGAGGCUACUGGAGUGGAGUAUCAGAGCUUGAGGAUUUAAAGGCAGUGGUAAGCCCUGAAGACAGAGAAACAAGAAGAAAGAAAGAGGAAAACGUUACUUUCACCCCUCUAACGGUUAUCAUAUUUGUGGUAAUCUGUUGUGCCAUGCUACUCUUACUUUAUUUCUUCUACAAAUGGCUAGUGUAUGUAAUAAUAUCAGUUUUCUGCUUGGCAUCUGCAAUGAGCCUGUACAACUGUCUUUCUGCACUAAUUAGAAAAAUAUCAUUUGGGCAAUGCAGGAUUUCAUGUUGCAACAAAAGUAUUGAAGUGAGACUUAUUUUUCUUGCUGGAUUCUGCAUAGCAACAGCUGUUGUUUGGGCAGUGUUUCGAAAUGAAGAUAGGUGGGCUUGGAUUUUACAAGAUAUCUUGGGAGUUGCUUUCUGCCUAAACUUUAUUAAAACACUGAAAAUGCCCAACUUUAAGUCAUGUGUGAUACUUCUAGGUCUUCUUCUUUUGUACGAUGUAUUUUUCGUCUUCAUAACUCCAUUUAUCACCAAGAAUGGAGAAAGUAUAAUGGUUGAAGUUGCAGCUGGUCCUUUUGGUAAUAGUGAAAAGAAUGAUGGAAACUUGGUGGAAGGCCCUGCUGAACGCUCAGCUCCCCAUGAGAAAUUACCAGUCGUUAUUAGGGUACCUAGACUUGAAUACUCUGCACUGACGUUAUGUGGAACGCCGUUUUCACUACUGGGUUUUGGAGACAUCAUUGUACCAGGUCUCCUGGUUGCCUACUGUCGAAGAUUUGAUAUUCAGACAAGAUCGUCUUCUGUAUAUUAUGUUUCCUGCACCAUAGCUUAUGCCGUUGGCAUGGUGUUGACUUUUGUUGUUCUGGCACUGAUGAAGAUGGGACAGCCAGCCCUUCUCUAUUUGGUACCGUGUACACUCAUUACCAGCUCACUUGUUGCCUGGAGACGCAAGGAGAUGAAGAAGUUUUGGCAAGGUAGCAGCUAUCAGGUGUUGGACUCCUCCAGGAAGCCUUUGCUACAAGAUGAUGGAACAUCUAGAUUAUACAGCGAAUGAAGAAAGCACUACGACCGCCAAUGAACAGUCUGGAGGACAAUAAUGCCGAAGACUGUGAUCUAAAAUAGUGGUGUUCAGAUUUUAUACAAAUAAACUUUAGAAAAUUGACUGAUUUAACAUUUACACUAGAGUAUUUCAUGUUCCAAAUGAAAAUUGUCUUUUUUUACACUUGCACAUAUUUUUAUGGAAAGGGUACUAUUAAUUACAUUAUAUCAAAGUGAUUAAAAUAAAUUUGCUUUUUUAACAGACAAUAUAUUUAGUAAAAUUGUGCCUUAUAUCACUUUAAAUAAAAGAAUAUUGUCUAUGCAAUUUUCUAAAUGUGUUUAUAUACAAUAUAUUUUUAUACAAGUAUAUCUUGCCCCCAUCUCCAUCGGGUAUAAAGUGACUUUCUGACUGAUAUUUGUUUAAAAUUGGUUGGCUUGCACUACUAGGAAUUAGAAGUUCCCUUCACAGGACUUCUCUCAAACUUUUGAAUGCAAAGAUUGUGUUCAUUAGAUUAUAAAAUGGUAGUGCAACUGUCUGACUGAUUUAGGUCUGUAUGUUAAACUAUAUGGCAUAAGCCAUAAAGGUGGAUAUGGUGCAACUUGCUUUCAUUUUCUGCCCCACAUUGGCCCAUCUGUCAGUCAGCAGUGAAAACAGAACUACAAUAUAUAAUAUAAACUAAAUUUAAUGCUUUGGUUUCUUUACCCAAUUGCCUAGAACUCUAAAUACAGCCCCAUAGUAGUUAACCAUGCAAACUUCCAGCUUCUUUUUUCCUAGAAUUUCUUUAAUUAGAAAAAAAAAUCUCUGGAAUUCUUGACUGCUUUGGAUUUCUGGCCUGGCAACUUGCCCUAGAACCCCAGGCCUUGAUCCUGCAUCUGUGGACUUCAGUGGGUGUAUGAUCAGUCUCCUAUAGAGGGAGAAGAAUCCUCUAGAUUUGUACCCACCCAAUCCUGAAGUUUGGAGAGGAAGUUUUAAGAGUUAUUUGUCGUUGAUACUAUACAAAAUAAGUAAAAGUAGCUGUAAUCCUUCCUAGGUUAGUUAAGGCCAAAGCAUGUCUUUAAUUUGUCACUUAAUCUUAAUUUCUGUCUUGUUUUAUUGAAAUGUUCUAAAAAAAAUUAAAAAGGAAAGUGAGCUAAAUCAUUAGUUCACAUUUAGAAGAGUUUGAUUUUGUUAACACUUGAUUUUCUUUUGGAAACUGCAAAUUGAGAAGAUACCGAGGGAUUAGGCCCAUAAUACGCUACAGCAGUUAUGCUAACACUUUUUGACCAAAGAGGCUUGCAGAAGCCUACAACUACAAACCACUGAAGUUCACCCACUGCUAAUUUCAGGUAGCCAUUUAAAUAUGAAUCUUCUUCCUUUUCUGUAAGUGAAUUAAGUUCUUACAGUAAGUGCCAGAGUGAGAUCCCUGGAAACUGCAAUUCAACAGCAGACACAACAUGAGCAACUGCAAUGCCGGCUUCCCUGUAACAUCUCACUUAAGUGAUUCAACCAUCUCACUUAAUCUCCACAGCUCAGUCAAUCAUUGACCUUUCUGUAGAGACUGACAACAAGGAUGCCAGCUGAUGGUGAUUUAGCCACUUUAUUUGGUUGUAACUGCACUGAAACUACCAUGGUCACAAAACUGCUUUCAGGUGGUGGUCGUGGUCACUUCCUACUAUCCUGAGCUAAACAUACCCAGGCUAUAUCAAGGUGAAAUGCUGUCAUAUCCCAUUAUCGAUUCUCUGAGCUAUCCAAUACCUCUUCAGUAGACUCUAGUUAUUACAGUCAAUUUCAGCCAUUGGAAAUACCUCAAUGCUUAAUAGCAUUACAGUAAAUGUUGAGGUAAUCUGAAAUCAGAUUACAAAAUUCUGUACAGAAAAAUAGGGUAAGAAGUAUUUUUUCUUCUUUAAAUUACUUUCUAUUUCUAGUGCAAACUGCUAAAUUGCUGUAAUGAAAUUUUAGCUUUGACAUGCCCAAUGUCAAUCAGAACGGAGUGGUAAUGAGGGAGAAGUACCUGAAAAUUUCAUAAGAAACUAAGAGAUCAAAACUUAGCGUUUUGCUGUACUUUCAAACUUUAAAGGCUUCAUAAACCCAUGUAAAAUUACCUUGUGUUUUUUCCCUCUGGAGGAAUCUCUAUCUGAUUUUAUGUUGUUAAACUUCCAAACUAUUUGAUAACCAAUCUAGUGUAAAUUAAGGAGCUGUUUGAUAGCUUGUUUAACAAUGUGUUCAGCAGCUUGCUGUGAGAGGUCUGUAUCGCUCAAGGCCUAAUUACUGUUCUGUGAGGUUUCACACACAUGGGAUGUAAACUAACAAUUUUUUUCUUUGAAUGCUUGUGCUUGAUUUAGGGAAAAAAUCAAUAAGAUUAAAGUUCGAUGUAUGUAAGUAGUUAGUGUCAACUACUGAAAUGUAUUGUAUGAAUAGUUCAAGAGAACGUGUAUUUUCAAUUUGUUUUAAGAAGUUUUGGUUGUUUAAUACUUGGGCUUUUUUUUUUUUUUACACUAACUAGCAUUACUUAAUAUAAAAUUGUGCUUUAACUUUUUUCAUUGAUUGAAUACUGACAACAGCCCUCUCCCGUGCAAUUUUAAAUGAUCACAUUAAGAAUGUUUUUAAUAAAUUCUUUUUAAAAGUAA